CUCCAGAAAAGAUUCUUCUGUGUUUAUCAUAUUAAUAUCCUAUAGCUCCUAGCAUCUUUGUAACAGUCUGUUUGCAGUGUCUUUCAAGUUUUGCCCUUUUAUUUCCACUCACGCAGCUCAUUAACGAUUCCAUCUUCGUAUUCGUUUUCAACAGUUAAUUGAAUUUUUCACUUUCAAAAUCAUAAUUAACAACUCGUUUAUUUGAAUUCACCACCUAGUGAGACGUCAGUACAUCCAUCCUGUUGAAUAUCAUAUAUCAACUCAUAAAAUCAUAAAGUCAUAAAACACAAUAAAAAAUCCUAUAAAUAGUUCGCUUCAACUGCUAAAGCUCAUCGAUAUCGUCUUUUAUUCGGUAUUCAUAAUUCACUAAUUGUUGUACUCAUUUGAUAUUGCUAUUCCAUAAUUGCAUUUGAACCAGCUGUUAUUAGUUACUAUUGUUAUUCAUUACUACAAUUAUCAUUGCUGUCAUUAUUGUGAACAUCUAACAUCUUGUCUAUACUAUUCUAGGAUCCUGUAUUUAUCGUCAUGUCUGAAAACUUAAAGAGAGCCGAGUCGUUGUUCAACAGAAUCAUGAACCAGUCUGGUUCCUCGUCAUCGCACACGUCGUCUUCUUCACAAAACCAUGUCGACGCUGCUGUGGGUGCCAAGACCAACUCUUAUCAGCCCCACCAUAAGUCGUACUCCAACUCGAACUCCAACUCUCACAGUAAUACCAGUAGAGACAGAGACAGGGAAAGCAAGUACAAGCUGAACGGUGUUGGUUCCAGUGCCAAUGUCAAUGCACUUGUAACUGCCAAUGCUGCUUUGUUGCCGAAACGUGACCCCAUAAAGCUGUCGCAAGAGACAUUGAGCCGAAUCCCUCCAGAGCACCAUAUUUUGCCUUACUGUUGGACGGUGUGGCAUCAUUCGAGAUCGAGAUUAAAGCAGAAGGAGACAUCAUCGCCUUCCGAAGAUGAAAACCUGACAAAUGCUGCUCCUGCUGCAGCUGCUGUAGACUCGUAUUUGCAAACCACGAACGAAAUCGAGUUUCUCAGCAUUUCCGGCGAAGACUCUGUCUCCACGACCAAGUCCAUUGGAUCCUUGGAGCAGUUAUGGAUGAGCUUAUCGUCCAUCAAGAAGACAUACGAGUUGCCUAUUGGUACCGAGUUGUUGAUAUUCAAGUCGGGAAUCAAUCCUGUCUGGGAAGAUCCAAUAAACACCAAGGGAGGCAGAUGGGUGUUUAGAUUCAACCGUAGAAGCAACGGGUCAUCUGAUGACCACGACUCGAUCGCCAAGAUCAGAAAGAGAACCAGUUUGAUCUGGGAACGGUUGGUGAUCAAAACCAUAACGGGAUCCAUCAUUCCUGAAGCCAACAACCCUGUCGAGUACCAGGAUUUGUUGUUGAAUGAUAUCUCUGGCUUGGUGUUGAGUGUUCGUAAAGAUGAGGACAUCAUCAGCAUCUGGAACUCCAACUUGAACUUUGGUGGCAAGGGCAAGAAGGACGACGACAAGAGUACCAACAAGAAGUUGACGUCGUUUCAGGCUCGCAGAGUCAUCUGUGAUGCCAUUUUGCGAGUUAUUCGUGAAUGUGAUUUGAUUGCGCAGGGCUCAGAUUGUGUGGACACCGUAGACACCGGUUCCAAUGAAAGGGUAUAUGGUGUGUCUUUUGAGUACAGAUUGCAUGCUGACAAUGCCAAUCCAGAUGGUAACAACGGCUCCAACAUGCUGUCGUCGAAGUACGGCAGUGGCCACCACCAUCAUCACCACAACAGUCAUAACUCGCACCACCACCACCACAGCAGUCACCACAACCGUCGUUACAAUAAUAACAAUAGCGGCAGUAGCAAGAACUCGUACAACACUGUUGCCGUGGGUGGUCUGUCUGGUGAAACAGUCAGCAACUAGCCAUACGUUUAUAGACUAUAGCAUAAUAGUAUGAACGAAG